AUGAAAACCCAGGAACUAGGGGAAAUCCAGGCAUGCAGGGGGUUCUGGGAAGCAUUUGUUGCCUUCUCUGAAAGAGCCAGGGAUUAUCUGCACAAAACCGGAAGGUUUAUUGUGAUUGGUGGGAUUGUCUCUCCCGUCCACGACUCCUACGGAAAACAGGGCCUUGUGUCGAGCCGGCACCGCCUCAUCAUGUGUCAACUGGCCGUCCAGAACUCCGAUUGGAUCAGGGUGGACCCCUGGGAGUGCUAUCAGGACACCUGGCAGACCACGUGCAGCGUGCUGGAGCACCAUCGGGACCUCAUGAAGCGGGUGACUGGCUGCAUCCUCUCCAAUGUCAACACGCCCUCCAUGACGCCUGUGGUCGGACAGCCCCAAAAUGAGACCCCCCAGCCCAUUUACCAGAACAGUAAUGUGUCCAGCAAGCCCACUGCAGCCAAGAUCUUGGGGAAGGUGGGAGAAAGCCUAAGCCGGAUCUGCUGUGUCCGCCCACCAGUGGAGCGCUUCACCUUUGUGGAUGAGAACGCCAAUCUGGGCACGGUGAUGAGGUACGAGGAGAUCGAGCUGCGGAUCUUGCUGCUGUGUGGCAGUGACCUGCUGGAAUCCUUCUGCAUCCCCGGGCUCUGGAAUGAGGCGGAUAUGGAGGUGAUCGUCGGGGACUUUGGGAUUGUGGUGGUGCCCCGGGACGCAGCUGACACAGACCGAAUCAUGAAUCACUCCUCAAUACUCCGCAAAUACAAAAAUAACAUUAUGGUGGUGAAGGAUGACAUCAACCAUCCCAUGUCUGUUGUCAGCUCAACCAAGAGCAGGCUGGCCCUGCAGCACGGGGACGGCCAUGUGGUGGAUUACCUGUCCCAGCCGGUCAUCGACUACAUUCUCAAGAGCCAGCUCUACAUCAACGCCUCCGGCUAGCAGCCGCACGGCCACACGCUCCACUCUGCCCUCGUCCUCCGCCAACACACUGGCCCUGCCAGGCUCUGUCAGUCCCCCCGUUUUUCUCCUGCCUCUCUGUUUCUCCAUCUCCUCAUCUUGACUGUUCUCCCCACUUGCUGACUCAACCCUCCACAGUGUGGGGGACCUGCAGAGAACCACAGCAUACCCUCUUCAGCAGUCAUCUUUGGACAGACUUUCCUCUAGUCUCCGGGUUGGGGGUGGGUGAGGGAACGGGGGUGGGAGUUGGGGGAAGCGCAGUCCCUGGAGACGUGCUGGUGUCUGUCUCCCAGCAUGCUCUAGAGAGCGGCUCCGGCGCCCGUCCUCCCAGCAUGCUCUGGGGAGGCGGCUCUGGCUCUCGCCUUCCCAGCAUGCCCUUUACCACGAAGGGCUAUUUUUUUCUUUCUUUUCUUUUCUCUUUUUUUUCUUUCUUCUCUUGUUUUUUGUGUUUUGUUUUGUUUUGUUUUGUUG